AUGGGAAUUGAAGAAUCAGUUCCCACAAUCGAUCCAAACUCACGCCAGUACAAACUCAUUAACCAAGGAAUUACUCAAAUAACAAUAAAAGUCCCAUCAAAUGGUAAAUUACAGCAAGUCAUAUUAAAUGGUAAUGCAAUACGAAGUCUUCCUCCGAAAUUCGGACGUAUAACAAGCUUAUCUCUAGCUAAAAAUGGACUUUCAAUGAUUCCGCAAGAAAUGAUUGAUGCAAUUUCGACGUAUUCUUUACUAGAAUUCAUUGAUUUAUCAUAUAACAACCUUGAAAAGCUUCCUGUUCAGUUUGAGGCACUUAAAAAUCUAAAAUCAGCAGUAUUAUUCGGAAACAAAUUAAAAGAAUACGUAUAUACUGAUCUUCCCUUAGAAAAUCUUGAUUUAGGAAGAAACUUAUUUACAGAAAUACCCCAUUUUAAUGCAAAAUUAACAACUCUAUCAAUGGAUUCAAAUCGAAUUCAGACAUUAAAUGCAAAACUUAAUAAUUUGAUCAAACUUUCUUUACAGAAUAAUAUAAUCGAGUCCAUAUCACAAGAUUCAUACUUUAGAAUGCUAGAAACUCUUGAUUUAUCAUAUAAUAUGUUACGAGAAGUUCCAAAUUUAGCUAAACUAACUCCAAGACUUAGAAGAGUUGAUUUAUCUCAUAACUUCAUUACAUCAAUCCCUCAGUUACCUAGAUCCCUUUCAGUUCUCUUAAUUUCUGAUAAUUGUUUGACAUCUUUGCCGCAAGACUUUUCUCAGCUCCCAUACAUUGUCCACAUGGACUUUUCAAUGAAUAAAAUUACGAAAGUCCCUCAAUUACCACUUUCUAUUCAAAUUUUUGACAUUUCGAAUAAUUUAGUGGAAGAAAUACCUCCUUCCGAGACACCAGACCUUGUAGAGUUCUUUAUACAUCACAACAAACUCACAGAACUUCCAAAACUCAAGUCAAAUCAAAUCAGAGACUUCAAUGCGAAAUCAAAUUUAAUUUCUUCAAUAGAUCCAACAAUUUUCUGUCCAAAUCUAUCAACACUUGAUCUAUCAUACAACCAACUCACAGAAAUACCUGAAGAAAUCUUUACUUUCGAGUCUUUGAUGGAUUUAAAUUUAUCAUUCAAUAAAUUAACAACAAUUCCUGCAAAAAUAGUUGAUUCAGGAUUAAUAUUCCUAAAUCUCAACUAUAAUCACAUUGAAUUCCUUCCAGAACUUGCACAAACCAUUGAAUAUCUUCAUCUCGCAAGUUGUGGUUUAUCGGAACUUCCUCCAUCGGUUUCUUCCCUUAAUGACUUAGUUUAUUUGUCAUGUCCCAACAAUAAACUGUCAAAUAUCCCUGUUAUUCCGAAUUUGAUCAAAUUAAACGUUUCUAACAACGAAUUAAAGAUGAUUCCAGAAUUACCAUCAACACUAACUCAUCUUAACAUAUCCAGAAACUUGUUAAAAGACUUGCCAUCAAAUCUUCCUGAUUUGACAGAACUCGACCUCUCAUUUAACUCCAUUUCUAAUUUACCUAUCCAAUACAGUUCGAAUUCCCUUAAAAAUUUGAACUUAAGUGGAAAUUUCGAGUUUAAUGAUACAAUUGACCUUUCACACUUCCCAAACCUCGAAGUUUUGAAUAUCUCUGGUACAGAAUCAAAUAUUACAGGCGAUUCUUCAAGGUUACAGAUAAUAUUUUUGGAUAUUUUCGCAACAUCAAGUUCAUGUAUCUUACAAACGACAGAAAAGACAUGCUAUAUGUCUUACAAAGGAAUAUCAACACAAUACUACGAUAUUCCUUACGUAAAAAUGUCACUUUCCCAAGAUUUAUCUUUCUUCGGAAUUAUUCACGCUCACGAAGAUAGAAAAGCCACUCAUGAUGCUAGUAGUCUCCUUAACUCACUAGUUAACAAGCAUAAAGACUAUAUUGACGGUGACAUUUUGGAUAAUAUAUCCGAAAAGGUAAUGGAAGUCGUUGGAUCAACAGAAACGUACAAAGAAUCGUCAAUGACUAUUGCUUCUCUUCAGAGUUCAAUGCUUACUGUCUCACAAAAAGGAUUUAUUAGAGUCUGUAUUAUUCAUGACGACGGAUCAGUCCAAUUUACAGCUGCAAACAACGCGAUUAAGUCAAAUAUUAAUGAGCCAUUUGUCGUACGUGAUUAUUUGUCUCAUUUACGCGAUUCAGGAAGAGAAUAUGUUUAUGGUUGUAAAGAACCGAUCAAAACAGAGACAAUUUUCCUUGAAUCGGCUAAAUUCGUAAUUAUAGGUAGUGAAAACAUUAUUAAUGAGUUUCCAGUUGAAAUUUUAUCUGAAUUUGGAAAGAAAUACGAUUCUGCGCAGGAACUCGCACACGUAAUAUUUAACAUCUCAUUUAAUUAUAGCAGAAAGGCCAAUGCUUCUCUUUUUGUUGCAUAUCUGAAAUAA